ACGCGCUCCCACUCGGGAGAAGUUUGCGGAGAAGUGUAACUGAGUUGAAGUUUAGCUACUCGGAUGCUGCUGUUGCCUCUUAUUCCCAAAAUAGCCUCCAUCUUUAAUUUUGUAUUUCUCUGUGCUUAAAAACGUGCUGCUGUCAAACUUUCGUUGACAUGGAUUUGUUGCACCGACGACGGACGGACUGAAGCGGGUUGGGGAAUCAGCCACCCACCAGCGAGCUACGACGACACGGACCCCAUUGCAAUAACUUUUAAAACAAGUUGUCAGUAACUUGUUGUUGUUUUUGUGGAGCUAAAGACAUGCAUAAGUUCAAUUCCACCGGUACCCACGGCACCACGCUGCCCCGGGACGCGGAGCUCCAGCUGCGGUUAGCUGACGCCGGAGGGGCCGGGGACGGAAUGGAGAACGGCGGGGGGAAGCACUUCCUCCCCCAGUCCGAGGAGGAGAGCUCGUUUUGCACCAAGAGGAAGAUGCUUGUCGGGUUGGAUGUAAUAUGCCUUUGUGUCGCCUCCAUCCCAUUCUUUGCGUGUGAGUUGAAGGCAGUGACUCCGUACCAGCGAGGCUUCUUCUGUGGAGACUCCAGCAUCACCUACCCCUACAAGCCGAGGGAGGCCAUCCCUGACGCCCUGCUCAUCGCUGGUGGUAUAGCCAUCACCGGUCUAACGAUAGCUCUGGGCGAAUGCUACCGGGUGCGCUACCGAGGUGUUCACUCCCGGGCUUUUGUCCGAAACUGCUAUGUGUCGUGUCUCUACAAGGAGCUGGGGAGCUUCCUGUUUGGUUGCUGUGUGGGUCAGUCCCUCACCAAUAUGGCCAAGCUAAGUGUGGGCCGCCUGCGACCAAACUUCCUGGAUGUCUGUAAGGUCACCUACGCGUCCAUCAACUGCACUCUGGGCAGCUAUGUGCCCAAGGUCUCCUGCCAGCAGCCUAAUGAGAAGAUGGUGGAGGAAGCGAGGAAGUCUUUUUUUUCCGGCCAUGCUUCCUUUGCAAUGUACACCAUGCUCUACUUGGCAUUCUACCUGCAGGCGCGGUUGUCGUGGCGAGGAGCGAGGCUGCUGCGCCCACUGAUACAGUUCCUCUUAGUGAUGAUCGCCAUCUACACCGGCCUGAGCCGCAUCUCCGACUACCGCCACCACCCAACGGACGUCCUCACGGGCUUCAUCCAAGGAGGGCUCACUGCAUACUGGGUGGCCUUCUACAUCUCCUCCAUGUUUAAGCCCUGCACCGGUCCAGACAUGUCUCCCACAAGCUUGUCCCUGGAGAGUCCACUGUCCAGCCAACAGACUGUUUGUUAGCGGGCACACACAAUCAUUCCAGGAGAGGGGAGAUAAGAGAAGACGGCCGAGGGAGUCAGAUAGCACAGGUGAGGAGCAGAGAGAAGGUUUCUGAGAACGGGAAUCAUUCUCAGAGAAGGAUAUGAUAAGAGAGUACAGCCUAACACAUUGCUUCCUCUUUUGGGGCAUACUGACACAUACUGUACCUUCACACAGUAAUCUAAUGUUCACACACUCACACAAUGUGAAAUACAAGAAGCACAUUUGACUGUUAGUCAAACCCGUCCAGUGAAAAGAACUGCAUUAUAUGAUAUUUUUUUAUAUAUAUAUGAGAAAAGAAAGAAAAAAAAGUCUAUUUUUCAAGAUGAUUUUUUUAGAAGCUGCUAAUGUUGAUAGUUUUGGAUGCUGGUGAUGGAGGCAGUGGCUCAGUGCAGUGAGUGAGCUUUCAAAGCAGAACUGGUGACUCGUGGGACAGAGUGAGGAGAGAGCACCAGCCUCCUCUUUGUGAUUGAUCUCGUGUUCACCUUGGAAAACAUCAGCCAACAGCUGUGAACUGAGACCAUGAGUCCUCAGAUGUAAAGGCAGCUCUGUACCAAGUGAUACGGAACAAGCGCCGGCUUCAACUUCCAACCAUCUGCACCUGCUGUUGUGCCACUGCCCUCCAUCGCUACGACGAUAACCUGAACGUAAGCAAAGAAGAAGAAAAAAACACAGUAUUUGAACUGUAAUACAAUGUUAUCUUUCUUUUUGUGUAACCAAAGUAGUGAUGGUUAGGAAUCUGACCGAGUAACUUCCCUUUCUCACACUACCAUCUUUCUGUACUAACCACUUUGACUGUGUCUUAGAGGUGGAGGUUUGACUGAAUUUUAUAACCUUUGACCUUUACCCCCAGACUUCAAUCUCUGAGCUGCACCUUGAUUUAUGCCACUCUGACAGGAGGGCCGACGUGGCGACCCUCCUGUGCAUCUUUAUUAAUAGCACUUGAACGUACAUAACGGAACUUUCUCAUUAUAAUCAAUAUUAUAUAUUUUAUCACACGUUUGAAUAAUCAGUGUUUAUUUUUGUUUAUCUAAGACUCAUACACUAUGUUUGUUUUUGCUACUUUUUCAUUUUAAUUAUUCAAAUUGAAUGUAAAUAGCCAUGUCAUUUUAUAAACCAUACAGAAUUUCAAAAGUAUUAGUUCCAGUUUUGGACAGAUUUUUCAUGUUUAUUAAGUGUUUGUAUUUACGUUUGUGUUCAUCAGGUACGGAGAGUUACUAUUGUAUCUGUUGUAACUACUAGACUGAGCCACAGAUAUUAUCAGAAAGCUAUAUUUGAUGUGUUGUCAGUUAUUGGUAUUUGUUUGUUUUGUCUGUGAAUGCCAGAAAGGCAGAAAUAACCACUGUAUUCAAAAAAACCAAACCAAUAAAAUGAAUGUUGAAUGUU